UCUCACCUUUCCAUAUGUCUUUGUUAAUUGUAAAAGAAUCUAUUCACAUUUUUGGUUUAACAAUCCCAGAACACUAUCUUUCAAAUAAGAAAUUACUUUCAUAGAAUAACUAUGAUAGAAAGUCUGUAAGUGAGGAUGAUAGGAAGUGAAAUAAAUAAGGUAAUUAUAAAUUCUUUGUAGGACAAUCGUAUUAAGAAAUUCAUGAUUGUAAGUGGGCGUUUAAACGAGAUAACUAGGCGAUUUCUAAGAGCUCAGUAUUGUUCUUAUGCUAAAAUGACUUCUUUGCUGGUUCCUCCGGAAUCAGUACGGGGAAUGACACGUUUGGACCGUGAUGCGUUCACAAAGACCGUGGAAUUACCAUAUUUGCGGUUUCACGACAUUAAACCGUCGGAAAUAUUGCCGAUCAUGAAGAAGUAUCUGUUUAAAUCGAGACGCUUCAAACCAGUUCAGAAUGCGGACGACAAGACCGUCAUAUAUCUGGAUCCGAAUUUGAUAACGAGUCUCGACGAUCUUGGAGCCAGUAUAAAGAAACAGUUACUCGAAAUGUACGAACAGUUUGAGGAAUUUGGAACGGCGAAGAGAGAACUGUCCGAGAUGGAGGUCGUCUAUACUGCUGGAUUGAUUAUAAUAGGAGACGAAAUUCUACGCGGCCAAAUCGUAGACACGAACACAUCGUAUUUGGCGAAACGACUAAGAGCUUCUGGUAUCAGACUUCGAAGAAUAACUGUGGUUCCUGACGUUGUAGAUGAAAUUGCGGAGAUCGUGCGUGCAGCUUCCCAAAAGUAUUCCGUUGUGUUCACAUCAGGCGGUGUUGGACCUACUCACGAUGACGUGACAUUCCGAGCGAUCGCGAAAGGUUUGGAAUUGAAACUCGAAGCCCAUGAAGAAUUAAUCAACGUCUAUUCCGAUCUCUUCCCUAACGACGAAGAAGCUAAGCGCCUGGCUAUUGUACCGAGGCCCUCAGAACUUGUAUACGUUUGUGCACCAAAGAAAUAUGCUGUCGUAAAAGCGAAGAACGUGUAUGCGUUACCGGGUUCUCCAAAAUACUUCCAGCCCGCCGUCGACGUGAUUCUACGCCAGUUGAAGGGGGAUAGUCCUAUGCAUUUUGAAGAAGUAGACGUAAAUUUAAAUGAAUUGUCGAUAGUAAAAAUUCUGGAUGAACACGCGGAACGUUGGAAGGGCAAAGUGAAUCUGGGCAGUUAUCCACAAACGACAGAGGAAUUCACAAGGAUCACGUUGGAGGGUGACAAGGAAGACGUUUUACAAGCGAAGGCAGAACUGUUGCAUUGUCUACCGAUCCAGAAGAUACGAAAUUUAGAAAACGGAUUUAGUAUUCAUCACGCGAGAUCCGUUCUAAAAACUGCCGAGAACGAGCCCCACGUAGAGUCCUCAUUGAACAUUUUAAGACAAUGUUAUAAAACAUAUAAACCGGAGGAGGUUUUCAUAAGUUUUAAUGGUGGAAAGGAUUGCACGGUUGUUUUGCACUUGGCUGCCUGCGUUGCUAGUUUAGAAAGCAUCUCAUCGCCGCUGUUGUGCUUGUACGUAACAGCCGAGCCAUUUCCAGAGGUGGACUCGUUUGUGGAGAGGGCUUUCAAAUACUACGGUUUGCAACUUGUGAAGAAGGAAAGUCCCAUGCGAGCAGCGUUGACGUCGCUACUAAGGGAAAGACCAACUUUGAAAGCGAGUCUCAUGGGGAUGAGGAAAGGCGACCCGGGAUCGGAAAAUUUGCAACCUUUCUCACCGACGGAUCCCAGUUGGCCCAACUUGAUUCGCGUCAAUCCGAUCUUACAUUGGACGUACGAUCAUAUUUGGAAAUUUUUGCUGCAACACAACGUACCUUACUGCUCAUUGUACGACGAAGGGUACACGAGUUUAGGGACGAAAUCGACGACUAUACCGAAUCCGCGAUUACGGGAUCCUAAGGAUUCGUCAUCGUACUUGCCGGCGUAUACGUUGACUGAUGAAUCCGCCGAAAGGCAAGGAAGGGUAUAAUAACUGAGAAGAAAUAGGCACAAGAAUUGGACAGUAUUUUUGUUGCAAAUUCUAUGCAGCUCGAAGACGCUUAUUGUUAAGUAGGAGACAAGAGAUAUUUUAUUUUUCAAGUAUUUGAAAUGAAUUAUAAAUUGCGUAUUGAUUAUUCGACGUUUAUGGGUAUGGCUGUACGAUUGUGACAGCGAAAGUAUUAAAAAUGAUUUACUGAGAACACUUUUGUAUGAUAAAAAUUGUGCAAGUUUUAUUAAAUAAACUGGA